AUUUUAACAGAGAAGAAGUCAGGCCCCUAGCCAGAGGCUUACAGUACCCGUUUCAUUCCCCCAACAUGUACAAGAGAAAAUUAAACCUGCGGUGAAGCGAGCUCGCUAUGAAGAUGAAAGUGAAAGAGAUGAAAGGCAACCCUUGUCAACAAUCACCAACAUGCCCUCAGUCAAUUACCCAGAUGCAAGGGCUCAUGAAGAAUUUAUCAGGAAGAUAUUAUCCAAGCCAUUUAAGGUCCCUAUACCUAAUUACAAAGGACCACUUGCUGGUAGAGCACUUGGAAUAAGACGACAAGGUACAAGACAAUCUCUUCAUGAUCCCAAUGAAGAAGGGGCAUUAAUUCUCUACUCUCCUCCUGAGUUAUCUGCCCAUGAACAACUAAAGGCUGAUUUGGACAAGCAGCCAGUUCAUGUAGUGGUGGAUCCAGUGUUAUCCAAAGUCUUGAGGCCUCAUCAAAGGGAGGGUGUAAAGUUCAUGUAUGACUGUGUCACGGGCCAGAGAAUUCCUGACAACUUUGGUUGCAUUAUGGCGGAUGAAAUGGGAUUGGGCAAAACUCUGCAAUGUAUAACUUUAAUGUGGACCCUUUUGAGGCAGAGUCCUGACUGUUGUCCACUCAUUGAUAAAGUGGUAGUGGUCACUCCCAGUAGUCUGGUCAAGAACUGGUACAAUGAAGUUCAGAAAUGGUUAGGGGGAAAAAUCAACUGUUUGGCCAUUGAUUCUGGAGUCAAAAGUGAAAUAGACAGGCAACUGAAUCAAUUUAUGCAGCUUCAGGGAAAGAGAAAUCCACAUCCAAUUUUAUUUAUUUCCUAUGAAACCUUUCGUCUUCACAGUGCUGUGAUGCAUAAAGGAAACGUUGGUCUAGUCAUUUGUGAUGAGGGACACCGGCUGAAGAACUCUGAGAACCAGACUUACCAGGCCCUGAAUGGACUGAAGGCCAGGAGGCGUGUCCUGUUGUCAGGGACUCCUAUACAGAAUGACUUAUUGGAGUACUUCAGUCUCGUCCACUUUGUCAAUGGAGGAAUUCUGGGUACUGCCCAGGAGUUUAAGAGGCGUUUUGAGACUCCCAUACUUAGAGGUAGAGAUGCUGAUGCCAGUGAUGCUGACCAUAAAAAGGGCCAGGAAAAGUUACAAGAAUUGGCAGACAUUGUGAACAAGUGCAUCAUUAGAAGAACUCAAGCCCUCCUGACCAGAUAUUUACCAGUUAAAGUUGAACAGAUAGUAUGCUGUCGUUUGACACAGAUGCAGUCUGAGUUAUAUAAACUCUUGGUUAGAUCUAAAUGUUACGAGGUGGAACAAGAGGAGAAAUCUUCCUCCAGUACUCUGGCGUUCAUUACACAGCUGAAAAAACUCUGUAAUCGUAAGUCAACCAGAGCUAAAUGAAAGUAUAU